UGUUAUGCUCAACCCGGAUGAGCAUGAACAUGAUGAAGCUCACCUUCAAGAUCAAGAUCAAGAUCAAGACCCAGGUCAAGACAACAUUACACAUGCACAAGGUUCCACUUGCAAUAUAAACACAAGUGCACUGCCUCAUCUACAGAAUAAGUCCGCCCUUUAUGCUCCUCUUAUAGAUCCUAACACAGGAAUUCCUAUCAUAUAUGCUACACAUAAAGUGUAGCCAAGACACUCAUUGACUACUCCAUAUAUAUGGAGAAGUCAGACCGACAAGACAAGACAAGAACAACAAGCCCCCGAAUAUUCCUUAACUCAGAACCUAUUUGCCAAUAUAACCCAUUAUGAUCCCAACCUUCUCUCCCCAACGUCUGAGCUCCGGUUUGAGCUCUUCUAAUGCUAGCUCCUUUGCUAGCAUAUUAUCACUCCCACCAAGUGAUAACAC